CAUAUAGAAGGUUCCACAUAACCGCAAUGUUUCCUAAUUUAGAGAAUUUACUGUUUGUUGUAUAGCGUAAUCAUGAGUUUAACAUUAAAAUAUUAUGAAAAUAUUUAUAUGUGUAAAUCAUGCGUCUAUUACCAGAACACGUAACUGAACGCGUGCUUCGAUCUGUUUAAAUAAAGUUUUGUUUGUCUUCAAUGAUCGUAAAGAUGGCUUCCUCUUUACUGAAGGUUGCAGUUACAGGUCUCUCGAGAUGUGCAUGGCACAGUUUACCCUCAGUGAGGUCAUUGUCUCUGACAGUACCCGUCAGACAAGGUGUCCCUCAGGCAUUAUGGAAGUUAGGCAGGUUGAAUCAUGUGGCUAUCGCAGUGCCAGACCUCGAGAAAGCCACAGCUUUGUACCGCGAUGUACUGGGGGCUCAGGUGAGUGCCACUGUGCCUCUCCCUGAACAUGGCGUGUAUACUGUGUUUGUGGAACUGGGAAACACCAAAUUAGAGCUACUACACCCUCUGGGAGAAAAAAGCCCCAUUGCAGGAUUCCUGCAGAAGAACAAAGCUGGAGGGAUGCAUCAUAUCUGUAUUGAGGUGGAUGAUAUCAAUGCAGCAAUAACUGAUUUGAAAGAAAAGGAAAUCAGACUGCUCUCCCCAGAGCCACGGAUAGGAGCUCAUGGCAAACCUGUGAUGUUCCUCCACCCUAAAGACUGUGAUGGGGUUCUUGUGGAGAUAGAGCAAGCCUAGAUUUUACAGAUUAGGCUGUUCAGUUUGACACUUAAGAUAUUUGAUCAUUGCAAGGUUAUGGUGUGUUUGAUAUUCAUGGUUUAAGCCUUAUUUUUUUUCCUUAAGUAAUGAUUUUCUUUAAUGACUUGAAUAAAUGAUUAAUUCAA